AUGUGUGAAUUUUAUUUUUACAUCUGUCUUCCUUUGAGUGCUUCAGAAUUGCCAGGACCACGAGGUCCACCAGGGCGAAAAAGUUUGAAGGGAGAUCCAGUUGGGCAAG